UAGGGCCCCAGCUUCCUCUUUCAGAAGCCCUCAGGAGGUGGCUGGGUUCCUGAUCCAACCCUAGGGUUUAAGGGCAUAAGUCAGAGAUCAAGGUCGGAGAGCCUCGCUGGUUAGGGCACACGGGAGCUCUGUUUGCUGAGAAUGGUGUGCCCUGCAAAUUAGGGGUCUUUGUCGGGGGGAGGGUGGACAAGGUCUACCGGGCACUGGAAGAUGGUUGGGAGACUUCCUUAAGUUUGCAGGGUCCCCAGAUUUAGAGAUUUUGGGUAUAGUUUUGGUUUGAGGGAGCUUUGACUUUGAUAAUACCGAGGAUGGCCCUGUCCUGCACAGUUUAUUUGGUGAGGGCCCUGAAAUUUCAGUUUAAUGUAUAACAGGUUUUUGGGGGCUUUGGGGUAUCCACUUGAGGCUUGGGGUUAUGGAUCUCGUGGCUUUGGGGGAGUUGGGAAGGCCAUGGAUGGGAAUUUGGGGAGCCUGUGUGGGUAGGGGGUGGGGUCCUGCUUUAAUGCUUUUUUGGGAUGCAACGAAGACCCUAAAUUUGGGGUCUAUGGAUUGGGAUUAUGUCUCAUGCUAUGGAGACAUUCGAUGAAGGAGAUUUAAUCUGGAAAUUUCCUAAAGAUCCUGUUUCCUGUUUCUGGUAGGGGGCUCAGUGAGGUCCCCUAAAAUGGCUUCUCCCCUUUUAGCAUCUACCUACUACUCUCAGUUUGGGGUAAAAGGCCCCAUCCUGGUGGUAUUCAAGGACUGUGCUCUGGCUGUAAUGGGCCUACGUUUUGCCCUCCUGUUGGUGGCCCUGGCCUGCUGCCUGCUGUCUGCAGGGUGUUGUAUUAUAUGUGACCCAUCCGUGGUGGCAGCGCUGAAGUCCUUGAGGACAGAUUACCUGCCUGGCCACCUGAGCUCUAAGCAUCAUGCAGAUGUGAUGCAAAGGGUAGAGCAUGCCGUGAAGGAUUUCAAGAACCUGCAAUUCAGCGAGGAAUCGUACAUGGGGGCUGUUGAUGAGGAUACAUUGCAACAGGCAUCCUGGAGUUUCCUGAAGGAUCUGAAACGCCUUACAGAAAGUGAUGUAAGAGAGGAGCUCUUCGUGAAGGAGCUGUUUUGGAUGCUGCAUCUACAGAAAGAGAAGUUUUUCAUCCUUGCCAAGCGGUUCCAAAAGGAGGCUUAUUGCCCUAACAAAUGUGGCAUGAUGUUGCAGACUCUGAUCUGGUGCAAUAAGUGCGAGAAGGAGGUCUACACCUGCCUGAAGUCUCUCAAUUGCGGGAAUCGCCAUGUGAAGCUCCAUCAAAUGGAAGACAUGAUCCUGGACUGUCACCUCAACUGGCACCGUGCCUCUCAAGGACUCACGGACUACAGCUUUUACAGGGUUUGGGAGAACAAGUCUGAAACUCUGCUGUACAAGGGGAAGGAGCCCCUCCUGACCAAGCCCUUGGUGGGGCCAGAGGAUGCAGGAGACUACCGCUGUGAAUUGGGGACCAUAACUUCCCAGCCAGCCACCAUAAUCAAUUUCCUAGUUACAGUGGGGCCCAAAAGGCUGGAGGACCAGGAACAGUCAGAUCUAACUGAAGGAGUGUCAGAGUCCAUUCCUGGGACCCUUCCGUCUGCGAAGCCCGAGAAUAUGCUCAGAAGCCGCCUUUUAGUACUGCUGAUCUGCGGCUUUAUCGGCUGUAUCACAGGUCUAAGACAAUGGUUAAACCAAAGUCCUCACCUCUCAACACUGAUAGCGAAUCUGCUGCUGAGCAACCAAAAGAAAAGGCCUCAGAUCUGGAGAGCGAAUAAAGAUUUGUCUUUUUGUCUAAGUAUUUGACUCACUGUUCCGGUGCGAUCCAAACUUCUGGUUCCAUGACAGGAGACGACUGGGGUUAGGCUGCUGCCUGGGAGAGGUGGGUCUGGGAGCUGGGAGCCCCAGGGUCCGGUGUGCAGAGACUAACAGGCAGCG